AUGUCGGAAGGCCUCAAUAUAGAAACGAUUUUGAUUUGUAUAAACGAAUUCGUAAUCCAAGCGGAACCUCUUAAUCUACUUCCUUGUUUCGACCAGAGUGACGUUUCGUGUUACAUCAAAAUACCCAUGCGAUUUGUGCAGUCUACAAUCUAUGACCGCUGUGACAUUUAUCGCAUAUAUGAUACGUUUCCUACAUUGUAAAUGAAAUGGCUCGCGUCGUCAAAGUGUUUAAGACUUUGCGGAAUCACUGGAAGAAGUCCACGUUUGCUGUGUGUGUUUUGUCUUAUGGUGGACAUUGGCUCUAUGGAAUACAUUGUGACAGCCUUCUGCGAAGGGAAGCUUGCUUAGAAGCCAGGGAAUUUGGACGUCAACAGAUAUCACCACAAGAGCAGCUCAAGAAAGCAACUGUUAUACUGAACCCUGCAGCAUGUAAUGGUAAAGCCAUCAAAUUAUUUGACAAGAAUGCGGCUCCAAUUUUACACCUGGCCGGUGUGGAGAUUACACUUGUCAAGACAGACUUUGAAGGCCAAGCCAAGAAACUGAUGGAGUUCAUUGAGCAGACAGAUAUGUUGAUAGUGGCUGGCGGGGAUGGUACGCUCCAAGAAGUGGUGACCGGAUUACUACGAAGACCGGAUCAAGCACAAAUGUGUAAUACUCCUAUUGGCUUCAUUCCACUGGGCUCUAGCAACUCGCUGAGUCCAAGUCUUCAUCUUCUGAAUGACAACCGGGUUAAACACAUCACAUCAGCAACACUCUCCAUCCUGAAAGGAGAGACUGUGCAGCUUGAUGUGCUGGAGAUCAAGGGGGAGAAAGAGCAGCCAGUGUUUGCCCUGAUGGGACUGCGAUGGGGUGCGUUCAGAGAUGCAGCUGCUACUAUCAGCAAGUAUUGGUAUAUGGGACCGUUGAAGACAAAAGCAGCACAUUGGCUGAGUACUCUACGGGAGUGGCCCCUUGUACGCGAGGUCUCGCUGUCCUACCUGGAGCCCACGCUUCGGCCCGCUGAACUGCCAACAACAAGGCCACCGAGGGCCAGUCUGCCGUCCCGCAUCAUGCGCAGACUAAAGAACUACUGGUCCCCACCGGUGGAAGAAACUCCGAAAGUUGAAGAGCCGGAGAAAUGGACGGAUCGUGAGUUUUCCACGCUGGAGCUGCUUAUUCAUACACACAAUAAAAACCCAGUGGAGAGGCGCCUUUAUGACUCAUUGAUGAUCCGUGCAGAACCAGAAAACUUCACUGUUGGAGAGUUCAUUGCUGCUGGGAAUGAAAAAGAAACGGAUCCAACGAUAUUCACUGAGAAAUCCACAACACUAGAAGCUAGUGUUUGCCAACUGAAGCUGCCAGAGGAUGUUGGUGGCUUCUACAACAUCGACAAUGAGGAGUAUGAUGCCAUGCCUGUAGAGGUGAGGCUGUUGCCCCGGAAACUGCGUUUUUUCAUCAAUGCAGAGCGCAGGGAACAGCUUCUCACACAGGCACAAUGAGGUAGCAAUCUACCUCAGAGAAGCUGAUUAAAGCAGGAAAAACAAGAAAAGGCUGCAAAUAAAUAUCUUCUGUCUUUAAGCUUCUGCAUGAAUACUACAUAACAUGUUAAUAUUUGUUUGCUCUGAGCAGCUGUUGAACAUCUAGCUCAAACCAUUAAGUUAUUAAAUUCAAUUAAUUACUUAAGAUAUACUUGUGUAUAAAUCAAAGGACCAAGUUUUUGCAGCCAUUACAUAUUUUGAAAGGCUUUAUCCUGUUUCCAAUAUCCCAUUAUUGUAGCUCAGUUGUCAAACCAUCAUUCAAUUGAGCAAUCUUCUUAGGUUCUCAUACAAUUUCUAUGUGCAAGGUGCGUUAUUCAAAUGAUACACCCAGUAUGAAACAUCAUAGAGCACUUUUAUCCAAGAAAGAGUUUAUUGUUUUACAAUGGCAGGACCGUGGACCUGGCAUGAGAUGAAGUGGUUAAAGUGAUGAGACUUACAUGUUCUAUACCAAUGUCUCAAAGUGUUUCAUGUUAGUUAAACCAUUAAAGUUGCUAAUGUGA